AUGAUAACGAACACCGAGUUUGAUGUGCCCGUGGACUGGCUGUACAAGGGUAAGAGCAGGCGGAAGGCGAAUACAAAGCCGUCGAGGCCGUCUUCAUCUGCCUCUGCACCAAAGGUGGUGGACAGUAGCAACAACAGCAACAGCAAGCCGCGUGCGAGGUCUUCGUCCAUAUCGAAUGCGGCCCUUUCAAAUAACGAGAAGUCGAACUUGACUGACGGCGAUGGAAGCGGGUUUGGAUCAGGCACUGAGAACUUGCCGCUCCUUACUCCUGUUAGCAGUAGUGGCCGUACCAGUUUGGCGGCCGCAGACGAUGGAGAUGCCGAUGAUGUGAUAAAUGGUGACGAUAGCAAGGCUAGCGUCCCUCUCGUGAAGAAGAAACGCUCCACUUCCAUAUCCAAUGCUGUGGUCUCGUCCAAGCCAAGGCUGUCAAAUUCAAACAUAAGCGCAACCGGAACCCCUUCUCCUGCCAAGGGAAAGCUCCCUCUACCAAUCUCUUCUUUGUCAAAUGCCAAUAUCAAGAGGAGCAACUCGUCAGGGAGCGAAAAAUCCAAACGAUCGAUCUUCGGGUCUCUGUUUGGCAAAAGGUCUGCUCCUUCCACUGUUUCUGCAGUCAAAAAAGCAUUGCCCGCGGUCAAUACCGCCGCACCUGUAGAUAACUCAUCUAAGAAGGAACCAUCCAGUAACGGUAACAACAUCAACACAAUCCCUCGUGUGAAGGAGCUUUCUUCCCCGAAGGUAGCAUCUCCUACCGUGAGUAAACCGCCCACUCCUAUCUCUCCCUCCCCUUCAGCAUUACCUUCUCCCGCUCUCUCAGUGAAGGAUUUAUCUACGGUUUCGUUGAAAAGAGUGUCGUUUGCCGUUGAUAAAUUCGAAGCGGACCCUCCCCAGCAACUCCCUUCAAGAACGCCCAAGAAGGGCAAUAUCCUGAUCCCGGACGACAUGAUAAGCGAAGCACCGUCUAUAUCGGUGGGAAUAUCCAGCAUUAAUCAAUCACUCAAGGCACCCAACCCCAACUCCAAGGGGCCAUUGUAUACUAGGAAGUCCAAAGAAUACAUCCUCGCAUUGGAGAACCAGAAACUGGCUCUCAGGGAGGCUGCCAAACAUCAGCAAGAGGCACAUUUCGCUGCUAAUAGGAUAGCUCACGAAGUGGCUAGUUUCAAAACUUCCGCAAAUACAGGAGGAAAGCUUGCUGCAAAGUCACCCCGGAACUCCAUUUCAAAACAAAACGAAGAGGCGUCACAGUCAAACGUUGACCAGGAUUUUGACAAUAACGCAUUUGCAGAAAAUCUUUCAAAAGUAGGCAUCGAUAAACCUAUUCACAUGCAUGAGCACCAUUUCGAAGCUCCAAAUCAUGAAAAAAACGACACCGACUCCACCUUGGAAAAUAAAGAAGUCACCCUGGAUGUCAUCUACACAAGAUGUUGUCACCUGAGAGAAAUCCUACCCAUCCCAUCCACUUUGAGACAGGUCAAGGAUAAAACCGCCCCUUUACAAAUAUUGAAGUUCCUAAACCCUAAGCCCACCUUAAUUGACAUCCUUUCGUUUUGCGACUUUAUAACCAUUGUCCCCAUUCACACCAUCAUUUUCGACAAUGUCGCUUUAAACCAAGACAUGUUUAAAAUAAUUGUUUCCGCUCUAGUAAACUCCACAGUGUUGGAAAAAUUGAGCUUGAGAAAUGUUCGGAUCGAUCAAGAUGGGUGGAGACUAUUGUGUAAGUUUCUCUUAUUGAAUAAAUCAUUAAACAAGUUGGACAUUUCUCAAACAAAGGUCAAAUCCGACCUAGCCGAAUCAUUGUACCGUCACAAUAUGGAUUGGAACUUGUUCACUCAAGUGUUAACUCAGCGGUCUCAUAAGCCCCUGGAAGAGUUGCUAUUGAAUGGUAUUCAAUUCAGUAAGGUCUCUUACUCGUGCUUUGAACGUCUGUUGACAUCCUAUGCGACCCAGAACACGUUGCCGGAAUCCGGUAUUAGGCUUGGUCUAGCAGGUGCUACUACUUCUAAUAUAUCCCAGGACUGUUUAAAAUUUACUUUCAAUUGGAUGUCUCAAUAUAACAUACAAGGUGUGGAUCUAGCGUUUAAUGAGUUAUCUACUAUGGUUAAACCCAUGGUUAGUAAAUUAUCUGCUUUACCAUAUGAUAAUUUGAGAUACUUUAUCUUGAACAGUACCAAUAUUUCCACUUCUUAUGAUUUGGCUUUGCUUUUGAAACAUCUCUCAAAGCUGCCUAAUCUAAACUUUCUGGACCUAAGCAAUUUACCACAAUGCUUCCCUGAUAUUUUACCAUACAUGUACAAGUAUUUACCAAGGUUCCCCAAUUUGAAAAGAGUUCAUUUGGAUAACAACAAUCUAACAUUUAAAGAAUUAGCCGUGGUUUGUAACAUUCUCAUCAAAUGCAAAUCAUUAUCACAUGUGUCGAUGACUAGUCAAAAUGUAGAAAAUUUCUACUUGACGAGUGACGACUCUCCAGUUCAAGCAACCAACACAGAUGGAGAAUCGGACAAUUCCGGUUUAAUGGAAAUUAGAGGCCAAUUUGCUAAGAACAGUUUAUCUUCUACACUUUAUGCAUUUGCUAGAGACUCCCCUAACUUGAUCGGUUUGGAUUUUGACUAUGAUUUAAUAUCAGAAGAAAUUCAAUCAAGAAUUGCCCUAUGCUUAAUGAGAAAUAUGCAACGGACUAUGGAUUCUACUUUCCAGUUAGACGAGUUGGAUUCUCAAGAUGAUUUACUGUUCGAUGGCUCCUUAGUUACCAUGACGGCUGAAAGUGUCCUAGAAAAACUGAACCUAUUGAGUGACAGGAACGCAAAUGUCAAAAAAGACGUCACCAAAAGAUAUUUAUUGAAAAAAUAUAUUGAAAAGUUUCAUGUUUUGCAUCAUAAUGUUCAGCAUACGAUUGAUUCCAUGUUUGAGAAAAGGAAAUCCGGUGAACUACCAUUACAAGAAAAGGAAAAUUUGGUAAGACUGCUACUUUUGGAGCAGAAUUUAUGCAACAUUCUCGAAUUGUUUUCUCAUAAUCCAAACUUAAAUGAUGUUUUGGGCUCCGGUAAGGACGACUCCAAAGAAAGUGUUGAUUCGAGCGAGGAUUCGAAAUUACCAGCUUUGAAACACGUUGAAUCCGGAUACCAUGUCUCUGAAGAAAAAACACAACCUGAAAAUGAAGUAAUCACAGCAAGACCACAUUUGAUGGCCACUGAUUCUGGUAAGACUAUUGAUGUUUUCACAGGCAAACCGUUGGUGUUCAAAAAUGCGUCAUCAAGCACUUCUGUAGGCUGUAGGAAGCAAGAAGAAGAAGAAGGUGAACUGCAUAAGUGGGGGUUCUUUGUCCAACAACAGAGGUCUUUGUAUCCUGAAAAUGAAUCUGCAAGGCAAGCGCCACCAACAUCACGUCACACAUCCAACAAUUUACAAGCUAUCGAUAAUUCGGCUUCAUCAUCUUCAGUUUCAGCUUCCACCAACGAAACAGCUGCCACGAGUUUAUCCACUCCAGUAACUCCGAAAAUCAUGCCAAAGAUCCCAUCAGGUGCAGCCUUGAGAUCAGCAAUCAUAAAAGCUAAAGGUAUUGACUCUAUUGAAGACCUGAUUCAAAACGUCAGUUCCAAUAACAUCGAACUAGAAAACAUUUAUGGUAAAUCCAUUCAAAAUAGUGCUUCGAUGCCCUCAUCCGGCUUGCUUUCCAAUGUUUCUGCUCCUGUUUCUGGCAAAGAUUCUCUAAAAGCAUCGCCUUCAAACCCGACUACUGACAACUGUGAGGGUAAAGUUACUGCUACUUACGAGAAGUUAUUAAACAACUUGUCCAUGGAGAGGUCAACCAAACCGUAA